AUGGAGGAAAUUGCUUUAGAUGAGGCAGACAAUGAUCCGCUUUGUCCUAGUUAUCAUUAUUCGCAGGAAUUGCAUAAGGAGGUUUGCAAACAAUGGAGACGAGCUUUGAUUGUCAAGUUGCUUGGGAAACGAGUGGGAAUCAAAUUCUUCAUAGCAAGACUUGAAAGGAUGUGGAGUCUGAAAGGAGUGCAUGAGUUCAUUGAUAUGGAGAAUGGUUACUUGCUAGUGAGAUUUGCAGAUGAAGAAGAUUAUACUCAUGUACUUCAAGAAAGGCCUUGGAUCAUAGUUGAUCACUAUGUGGUUGUCCAACAAUGGAGACCAUUUUUUGAUCCAUAUGAUGAGACGUUCAGAAAACUAGCAGUUUGGAUUAGGAUUCCAGGAUUGCCCAUUGAAUUCUACACAACACAACACUUGUGGCAAAUAGGCAAUCUAUUUGGAAAGACUUUGAAAAUUGAUCAUAAUUCAAUUCGUAGAAGGGACUCAGGGGAUGGAGAAACUACAGCAAGAGCUAAAUUUGCUCGCAUUUGUGUUGAAGCGGAUCUUAGGAAGGGUUUCCUUUCAAAGUUUAAUAUCGCGGAGCAUACUUUCCAUGUAGCUUAUGAGGGUCUUCACCUUAUAUGA